AUGGCCUCUUCCCAAGAUGCCCGGUAUGGCCAGAAAGACUCCUCUGAUCAGAACUUCGACUACAUGUUCAAAUUGCUCAUCAUCGGCAAUAGCAGUGUGGGGAAAACAUCUUUCCUGUUCCGUUAUGCAGAUGACUCCUUUACAUCUGCAUUCGUCAGCACAGUUGGGAUAGAUUUCAAAGUAAAAACUGUAUUCAAAAAUGAAAAGAGAAUCAAGCUUCAGAUUUGGGACACAGCAGGCCAGGAAAGAUACCGGACUAUCACCACAGCCUAUUACCGUGGGGCCAUGGGCUUUAUUUUAAUGUAUGACAUCACAAAUGAAGAAUCCUUCAAUGCAGUACAGGAUUGGUCAACUCAAAUCAAAACAUACUCUUGGGAUAAUGCCCAGGUUAUCCUGGUUGGGAACAAAUGUGACAUGGAAGAUGAGCGGGUCAUCUCAACAGAGAGAGGCCAACAUUUAGGAGAACAGCUUGGGUUUGAAUUUUUUGAAACAAGUGCCAAGGAUAACAUUAAUGUCAAGCAGACGUUUGAGCGUCUUGUGGAUAUCAUCUGCGACAAAAUGUCCGAGAGUUUGGAGACGGAUCCGGCCAUCACUGCCGCCAAGCAGAACACAAGACUCAAGGAAAGCCCUCCUCCGCCGCAGACCAACUGUGGCUGUUAAUGUCCCCCUCCACACAUACAGGCAGUUUGAGGGGGCACAUCACCAACUAACAGCAUUUAUAAAUGGUUGGUUAACCUUCAUUUCUACUGCCUAGUAAUUAUUUGAGGGAAAUCUUUGAUGUCAAUGGCUCAUACACACAUUCGAUUUGUGGGAGAUUUCCUGUGUUAAUAUGUGAUCUCAACUUUGUAAGGACUAUCCAUCUAUAAACAUCUGGUAUUUGC